AUGAGAUGUCUUUUCGCUUCAGCAACACCGAGAUGCAGUAACCGAGCUCUAAAGAAGUUUUUAGAGGUACCACUCCGUCCUAUGGACUUGCGCGACAUGAAAGGGAAUGACCGCCAGCAUAUACGCGCCGCUGUUGAGCAACUGACCGCUCGUACGGCACGCAGUUACCGAGCUUUCGCGAGCCAAAUCCUGAAACGAAAUUUGGACCGUGAAACCGCCGCUCAGUUGGUUCCACUGGAGAGUAUUUGCAAGAGUGAGUUUGAGCGAUGUGUCGCCUUGACAGAGAUGGUUGAUCCGUAUCUCCAGCAACCGGAGAGUGACAAGGUUUGCGACGUUGGUUCCACUUUGUCUAGCGAAAUUAGUGAUGGGGAAGGCGUCGACAAGGCGUUGGAGUUCUCAGAGGACGCACAAGAUUCCGUGCAAACUCGCUUCAUUGACUUGCUGGAGGGUCUGCGUCCGCGGGAAAAUUUGCUGGACGUUGCUGUUAACGAGAAGUGUAUCAAUUCGCCGGACGUCAAUUACUGGAUCUAUUGUUUUUGCCGCCGCCGCGUUUCAUGGCGUGUGAUCCAUGAACAUUUGCUCCAUCUCGUUGGGCCGGGGCGGUUUGGCCCCGUUAUUCGUGUCGACCCGUGUGUUGCUUCACUUUUGCAGCAUGCGGGAAUGGUUGUUAUUGAUCUUUACACACGUGUGGUGCAGGCCGCUCACGGUGGUUCGCUGGCAAUAACGGUUGAGGAGCGGCCUAACCUCUUCACCACCCUUCCCGCAGGCCAAUUAGCGACUUCAAGCAUAACUGUUUCCCCUACGGCCCGACCCGGCUGCGGACCGCAAGCUCAGCCGUCAGAUGUGGUUCGUUCUGUUGAGGGACACCUUGCGUAUGUCUUUAGAGAGAUUAUAAAGAACGCCUGUGUGGCGCUUAUGUCGAAGGCAACAGACAUGGAGUUGAAGGUGUACUUUGCAACAAACGACACGCACGUUAUCGUUGAUGUGGUGGACACUGCCGAUGGUGUCAGCCUCGAGGUCGCCGGCAAGUUUUGGCAGUUUGGCUGGUCCACAAAUACUUCCUUGUGCCAACUCAUCAGCGGGUUCGGUCUUGGUUUACCCGUCUCUAAAGUGUAUAUGGAUCUCUGGAAUGGGCGCAUUGACAUUUACACCACCCCGGGAAGCGGCACAACCGUUCGUGUAACUUUUCCAAAAGCUCCAGUAGAGGUGCUUUUGCCUGAGAUGAGUGCGCCGUGGUGA